AAUUGAAAUGAUAAUUAUUUAUCCGGUUUUGUUAAAAUUAUUUAGCAAACAGAGGAAAGCUGAGAAAAUCCGAGGGUUCACACAUAUAUAAUAAUUGUAAAAAAUGAAAAAAAAUUCAGUUUGAUUAACACUUUUUUUAUUAUUUUAAAAAAGGAAAAUGCUAUCAGAAGUUGGGCGGCUGCAAAAUUGGAAACACCGAAAGAGUAGUGACGGAAGAUUAGGACGGCGAAGGUCCAUCGUGAUUCGUGAUUAUCAUGAUUCAUGAGUGAUGAAGCUCGGACCCACCGGCCCCACCCUAACACGCCUAUUAAUUAAUUCGUAGCCUUGGAAAGGCUGAGCCGCUGAGCCCCUUGUGUUGCAGCAAAGGGCGCAUAACGAAGGAAAAGCAACUCUUGCCACACUAGCAAAGGGCAAACCAUAACCAAAUCUGUACCGUUGGAUUACCAUACAAACUCUCGGAUUUAGUGUCCCCAGCAGAAGCAACGACGAAGACGGGGAGGAGCGGGUCGCGCUGUCCACGGCAGAGCUCCAGCUCCAGAAGGCAAUCACAUGAUUGUGGGGAGUGGAUGGGAAAUGAUUGUGUGUCUGAUAUCAAUUUGACAUGGUACCCCACGGUGUGCUACGUGGCUUCCAGCAGCUUCCACAGGUGUACCUAACGUUUCCGUUUUUGGGGCGGUGUACUAAUUUAAACUGGUAAUUAGUAAACAAAUCCAACACUAAUAAAAUAAAAUAGUGUGUGGGAGCGAAUAAAAGGAAGGUGGGGCGGAUGUGGUAACAGCUGGCCCUUGCACGACCCUCUCAACGCAACACGUCUCCCUUCCCAAUGGCUCACCUCUCUCUCUCCUCUCUCUCUCCUCCACCGUCUUCUUCUUCGUCUCCGCCCCUGCGACUUCACGGGAGAAUCUUUUCUCCCUUCUGCCGAGUCCAAGUUUCUUCCUCUUCUACUUCCUACUUGCAGCCGAAAGUCGUUGUUACCAGAGAACAUGGCAAGAAUGGCAAGCUUAUCAAUGUUCUGGCUGAACAUGGGAUUAACUGUUUGGAGUUUCCACUCAUUCAACACACAAAGGGACCUGAUUUGGAUAGGCUUUCUUCUGUAUUAAGUGCAGAUACUGCAUUUGACUGGAUCAUCAUAACUUCACCUGAAGCGGGUUUGGUCUUUCUCGAGGCAUGGAAGGCUGCUGGAGCCCCGUGCGUAAAGGUUGGUGUUGUAGGAUCUGGUACACAAAGUGUAUUUGAAGAAGUAAUGCAGUCCUCAAAGCAAUCACUCAGAGUUGCAUUUGCCCCAUCAAAAGCGACAGGUAAGGUUUUGGCUUCAGAGCUUCCAAAGGAUGGGAACAGAACAUGCACAGUAUUAUAUCCUGCAUCUGCAAAAGCUAGUGGUGAGAUUGAGGAAGGCCUGUCUAGUCGUGGAUUUGAGGUCACAAGGCUGAACACAUACACAACGGUACCUGUCAAUGAUGUGGAUGAAAUGGUUUUCAAGCAAGCACUUUCUGCUCCUGUUGUUGCAGUAGCUUCACCAUCUGCAGUUCGUGCUUGGGUCAAUCUUCUUUCAGAAUCUGAGCGGUGGGGCAAUGCAGUUGCCUGUAUUGGUGAAACAACUGCUUUGGCUGCAAAAAGAUCAGGCUUGAGAAAUGUAUACUACCCAACAAAUCCAGGUCUAGAAGGUUGGGUUGACAGCAUCCUUGAAGCCUUGAGAGUACAUGAUCGAUUCCAGAAGAUAAAUCAAGUUGUCUCUCCUUAGUUCUCGUCCUUGGCCUUGGCUGGCUAACAAGGAGCCAACAGGUGCAAGUUGAAGCAGAAGCCCGAGAUGCAGAAGUACGUAAUUCAUGUCUAAACUUGUUGCAAAAACAAUGCAAACAGCAGGGCGAAAAGGUAUCAAAACUGUUCGCUUUCCUUGGGUACAAAAUCUUGGUGGCUGAGCUUCUCCCGAGAGAAGAGAAGAGGGAUGUUGGAUGAUAUUGCAGGAAAGAUAGCUUCUUAACUUGUAUAUGCAUUUGUGUAGAGAUAAGAUAGAUAUCCCAUUUUUGUGUUAGGUACCUCUUAUGUACAUUUGAUGCUUUAAUGGAAAUUCACUUUUGGACA